CGCUCCAUCGCAAGUUCGCAACCCAUCUUGCGGCUACUACACCCGAACGAGGCCCUGCCUAGGGUUCCACCCCCGUCGUCCGAUCCGAUCCCGCCCCCCACCAUGAGCGGCCACCACGACGCCAGCAAGCCCUACCAGCCCCGCCGGGGCCCGGAGCGCCCCCCGCCGCAGCAGCCGGCGGAGGACGAGGAGGCGGCCGCGGCCGCGGCGGCGAUGGCCGAGGUCGAGGCCGCGGCGGGGGCGAUGGAGCAGUACGAGCCGCAUCUGGAGCACGGGGAGGAGGAGGAGGAGGAAGAGGAGGAGGGGGAGGAAGAGGGGGAGGAGGAGGGAGAGGAAGGGCAUGGGUACGCGUACGAUUAUGUUACCGGGGAGGCCGUCCCGAUGGACGAGGAAGGCGCCGCGGCCGCGGCGCACGCCCACCACGGCGCGGCAGGGCCGCACGGCAUGGAGGCGGGCGGCGCACCACAAGCCCCGUCGAACACGCUCACGCUCUCUUUCCAGGGCGAGGUGUUCGUCUUCGAGUCUGUGUCUGCCGAGAAGGUGCAAGCGGUUCUCUUAUUGCUUGGAGGAAGGGAGCUCGGCCCGGGUAUGGGCGUGGGGCCGUCGUCUUCAGCAUCAUACAGUAAGAGGUUGAAUUCACAUCGGAUGGCAUCACUGAUGAGGUUCCGCGAAAAGCGCAAGGAAAGGAACUUCGAUAAGAAGAUCCGCUAUUCUGUUAGGAAGGAAGUUGCACAUAGGAUGCAGCGCCAUAAAGGUCAGUUCACAUCAUCAAAAGCAAAGGCCGAAGAAGCCGCAGCUGCGGCUAAUUCGGAUUGGGGUGCAGUGGAAGGUCGACCUCUUUCGGCGCCUGUCUGCCAGCAUUGUGGUAUUAGUUCUAACAAUACACCUAUGAUGCGUCGAGGACCGGAUGGACCAAGGACUUUGUGCAAUGCAUGUGGGCUCGCGUGGGCAAAUAAGGGUAUGAUGAGAGAGGUCAAAGGUCAUACACCUUUGAAAGUUGUGCCGCCAGCAACCGAUGACGCUCAGAAUGGAGUUGCUGAAGCACCCACUGCUGAGCAGCAACAUCUCGCACUAGAAGCUGCACCAGAAGCGCCAGUAGCUCCUGCUCCUGCUGCCAAUGGCCAUGAUUCAUAGCCAUCGGUGGUGAUGCUUCAGAGGAUGCUGCGUUUGUCAUGGAGUUGCAUGCUUAGAAGUUAUAAUCGGCAUAAUUUGAACUGGAGGCUUGCAAUGUGCGCAUUGUGGUGUGGAUGUACCGAUGGUCUGACUCUGUUGCCGCAUGUGUAUAUAGAUAAUAGACGCUUUUCAAGAUGGGUUUUUCUGAGUGUUCAUUAGAUUUAAAUCUUCUAGAAAUGACACUGUUAGCGACAGCAACAUCCUCUCCUGCAUGGCUGCUUGGUUGCUUUAGAAUCGUAUGAGAUAAUCUAUUAGACAAAUGCGUCAGGAUGACAUUUUUUCAUUAAUUUGUUACAUGGAUAUGUGUACCAGAUAAUUUGCGUGUACUUGGUAGCGACCCGGUUGGCUACAUGAAGAUGUUUAACUUACCAUA